CAGUCUCCGUGAAGAUCACAAUGUUCACGGGCACGAUGAAGAUCGAGAUCUGCGAGGCGAUAGGGCUACGAGCGACUGACAAGCAGCGCAAAUUCUGGCAGGAUGAGCCUAUACUCGACCCGUACGUGCAACUGGACGUCGACGAGAACCACCUGUACCGCUCGUCCACCAAGCCAAAGACCUUCGAUCCUGUGUGGAACGAGUGCUUUAUUCACGAGGUGCAGGAUGCUAUCACGUUGGGCUUCACGGUGUUCCACGACUCGGCACUGCCGCCGGAUUACUUUGUUGCCAAUUGCAGCAUCCCGUUCGAGGAGCUGGUCAGUCGGAACGACAAGACCACUGACUUCUGGGUUGACCUUGAACCUCAGGGAAAAUUGCGAGUAAAGAUAGAUUUGCAAUGGAAUGACCAAGACCGACAGACAAGCUGCGGCAUGGGCGGCGAUGGCGAGGCUAUCGGUGGUAGGGGCAUUGGCAGUAUCGCUACCAGUAAGGAGCCACGGCGGGAAUUCAAAGAAAGACAGGGUUUCAAUCGACGACGAGAUGCGAUGCGACGGAGAGUUCAUCAAGUGAACGGGCAUAAAUUUAUGGCAACUUUCCUGAGGCAACCGACCUUCUGCUCGCACUGCCGCGAAUUCAUCUGGGGCUUGGGCAAGCAAGGCUAUCAGUGUCAAGUGUGCACUUGCGUGGUCCACAAGAGAUGUCACAAGUUGGUGAUAACAAAAUGUCCAGGGAUGAAGGAUGCGGGUAAAGGACCUGGGUUACAGUCAAGUCAGGACACAGAGAGCCCACGCUUCAGUAUAGACAUGCCCCAUCGGUUCGGCCCCCAUAAUUACAAGAGAUUUACAUUUUGCGACCACUGCGGAUCCUUGUUGUACGGUUUAUUCAAGCAAGGUUUACAAUGCGAAGCCUGCAACAUGAACGUUCACAAACGGUGCCAGAAGAAUGUACCGAACAGCUGCGGUAUCAAUACCAAGGCCAUGGCCGAGAUCCUGAAGACGAUAAACAUCUCCGCGGACAAGCAUGUGAAAACCGCGAAAAUUAAUUACAGAAUAUCCGCAGGCUCGUCGGCGUCCGCGGUCACAGACGACCACCUGACCGCGGAUAAUUUGCAAGCGAGCCAGAAAGCAUUAGAAACACCAAUCAACGCCAAUGAGAAUGCGGUACCGGUGAACGGCAGUGAACAGAGAAAAUUCGGUAUAGAUGAUUUUAAUUUUAUCAAAGUCCUGGGUAAGGGCAGUUUCGGUAAAGUGAUGCUAGUGGAACGAAAGGCUAACCCCGACGAAGUCUACGCCGUGAAGAUCUUGAGGAAAAGCGUUAUCCUGCAAGACGACGACGUGGACUGCACGAUGACGGAGAAGAGGAUCUUGGCCUUGGCGGCGAGGCACCCUUUUCUAACGGCCAUCCACAGUUGCUUCCAAACGACCGACAGACUCUUCUUCGUCAUGGAAUACGUGAAUGGAGGUGAUCUGAUGUUCCACAUUCAGAAGGCUCGGAAGUUCGACGAGGCAAGGGCGUGCUUUUACGCGGCGGAGGUGACACUCGCGCUUCAGUUUCUGCACAAAAAUCACGUUAUAUACCGCGAUCUGAAGUUGGACAACAUACUGUUGGAUCAAGAGGGACACUGCAAACUGGCGGACUUCGGGAUGUGCAAAGAGAACAUAAUCGAGGGACAGACAACGACGACAACAUUCUGCGGCACGCCAGACUACAUCGCUCCUGAGAUACUUCAGGAAAUACAGUACGGCGCUAGCGUUGAUUGGUGGGCCCUCGGUGUUCUCAUGUACGAGAUGAUGGCCGGACAGCCGCCGUUCGAGGCCGAGAACGAGGACGAGCUGUUCGAAUCGAUCUUACGGGACGACGUAUUGUAUCCAGUGUGGAUCACUAAAGAAGCGGUGUCCAUAUUGAAGGGUUUCAUGACUAAGAAUCCUGCCAAGCGAUUAGGUUGCGUCGCAUCCCAAGGCGGAGAAGACGCUAUUAAGGUCCAUCCAUUUUUUCAACACAUGGAUUGGGAAGCGCUCGAGGCGCGCAGGUUAAAGCCACCAAUUAGACCUAAAAUUAAAAACGAAAAAGACGCCAUGAACUUUGACACAGAAUUCACAAAGGAGGACCCCGUGUUAACGCCGGAAGAAUCGGAGGACGUGAACUACAUUAACCAAGAAGAAUUCCGUGGCUUCUCCAUGGUCAACAAGGACUUCAAUCCAGCCAGGUGGCGAAUGCGCUAAGUCGCGAAGCUGGAAACCUGCGUUUUUGAAGCUGCUCGACGUCUCCUUUGGCGUCCUUACGUCCGAUUCGGAGAUGAUUUUGUCCAUUGCAGAUGGAAGUUUUCGACAUGCGAGACGUAUAUUGGCGGCGAUCCG